AACCCUAACAUGGAAUCAAUUAUUUCUCUUUCUAAAGCUAAAGCCCUAAUCUUUCAAUAUCAUUUCUGUGUUUUUUCUCUCGAAUCCAUGGCUUUUCUCUCUCGUCUCCGGCCAAUCUCUUCCCACCGUUGCCGCUUUUUCUCCUCAAUCCUCUCUCCCGACUCCGCCACUCCACUCUCUUCCAAGGAGAAAUCCAGAGCCGCUCUCUCCCUCCUCAAAUCCGAGCAAGACCCACAGCGCAUCCUGGAAAUCUGCCGCGCCGCCGCGCUCACUCCGGAGUCCCACCUCGAUCGCGUCGCCUUCUCCGUCGCCAUCUCCAAGCUGGCCGACUCCAAGCACUUCGAUUCCAUCCGCCACUUCCUCGAUGAGCUCAAGGCCCGCCCCGACCUCCGAACCGAGCGCUUCGUGUCGCACGCCAUCGUCCUCUUCGGCCAGGCCGGGAUGCUAAACGACGCCGUUCGGACGUUCGAGCAAAUGCACCAGCUGGGUGUCGAUCGUACGGUGAGAUCACUCAAUGCCCUGCUGUUUUCUUGCAUUUUGGCGAAGAAUUACAAGGAGGCGAAUAGGAUUUUUCUUGAAUUCCCGAAAACGUAUGGAAUUGAGCUGAAUUUGGACUCCUAUAAUACUGUCUUGAAGGCGUUUUCGGAGUCUGGUUCGUCCAGUUCAGGGUAUUCGAUUUUGGCUGAAAUGGGUAGGAAGGGUGUUAAGCCGAAUGCGACUAGUUUUGGGAUUUUGCUUGCUGGGUUCUAUAACGAAGAGAAGUAUGAAGAUGUGGGGAAGGUGUUGAAAAUGAUGGAGGAGUAUAAAAUGCAGCCAGGGAUUAGUACUUACAACAUUAGGAUUCAGAGCUUGUGUAAACUGAAGAAGUCUUCCGAGGCGAAGGCAUUGUUGGAUGGCAUACUGGCAAGGCGAAUGAAGCCCAAUUCCGAAACUUACUGUCAUUUGAUUCAUGGGUUCUGUAAGGAAGGGAAUUUGGAUGAAGCCAAAAAGCUGUUUAAGGACAUGGUGAAUAGGGGUUGUAAACCAGAUAGUGACUGCUACUUUACUUUGGUUUACUUCCUCUGCCAAGGUGGAGAUUUCGAAUCGGCAUUACGGUUUUGUAAGGAGUGUAUGGAGAAGGGUUGGUUUCCAAACAUUUCCACCAUGACUUCGCUGGUGAAUGGGCUUGUGAGCAUUUCAAAGGUCGAAGAAGCUCGGGAGCUUAUCGGACAAAUCAAGGAGAAAUUCUCAAGGAAUGUGGACAAGUGGAAUGAAAUUGAAGCUGGGUUGCCUCAGUAGGGAAGGAAAACAUGGUAUGGAUGAUUUUGUUAGAUAAAUCUGAAAAUAAAAUUGAAAGCCAGGGGAAAAUUUGUGCUGAAAAAUGGCAUGUCUAGAGGAAAUUCUUCCCCCUCAUUUCACUUGUUAAAUCAUUGGGAUCUCUUAUCAUUAUAUGAGGAUGGUGUUUUGGUUUUGAGGGGUUGGUUUCGAAACUUUUGUCUCAUCAGUAUUUUUUUCUUCUGGUGAAACAUAUUGUAGCUUCUAAAUUUUGAUGCUGGCUGUUGUAGAUGAUCAGAUCUUUUGUUAAUUAUCAAAUUUAUCUGAUUCUUCCAUCGAA